GCACAGGGCCCAUGUCAGGGCAGGAGCUGAGGAACGGACAGGCAGGCCUAACAAUGUAACGCACUGGCUGACGACAACCACCACCCACAGACCGAAGUCCUCAGGGCGCGGAGUCUAAGUCCCAGGCUGCCCUUCACCAGGGCCCCUGAUGGUGGGGAUGGACUUGACGCAGCCAGGAACCAGGUCGCGGCCCCCAAGACACCUCAGCUGCGGUAAUGGCCGCCGCCAAUGGCGUGUAGCUGGUGGAAGAGACAAAAGAACAAAAGAGUAGUCAGACAGGCCGGGGUCAACAACAACAGGACAAAACAGUACAGGACAGCAGACGAGAAUCACAGGUCACGAGCCGGGUUCAGCAACAGAGGGUCAGAUCAAAGGAGAAUACAAAGAAUAGUCAAGUCACAAGCCGAAUCAGAAUACCAGGAGAGUCACGAGAGUCAGAACAGAGUAAUAGUAACACAAAGACACAAGACACAAGUGCAAAGAGCAUGUGCGGGCCACAGGCUUAUAUGUCAUCAGCCACGCCCCUCUGGG